GAACUUCGUGUUGAAGUGGCUUGCAAACAUUGUGGUGCCCAUCUAGGUCACGUGUUUGACGAUGGACCCAAACCUUCUGGGUUACGCUACUGUAUCAAUUCGGCUGCCCUGGUUCAUCAACCCACUGAGGAAGAAAGCUCUCGAACGGAAUCACGGCGCUAGUGUUCAAUCAUUUAAUCAUUUAUGUGCGCACAUGACUAAUUGUUCUGUUUUUGGCAUAGGUUUCUCACUGCCAUCUGUUGGGUGUAAAUAA